AUGCAGAAGUGGCUGGGCGAGCUCCCCGAGGAGCGCCGGUCGCAGAUCUUCAGCGGCGUCGCGGGCGCCGGUGCAGGUGAAUGGCCACGUCAGACUCUUGUUGACUCGUCAGACUCUUCUCACUUCAGACUUGAUCGAUUGUUUCAAAAUGCGCACAAGUGCCAUUCCAACCAUUCCCCAUUUCUCUUCCGUCUCCUUCCCGUCUCCAUUCCGUCUCCUCUCCCUUUUCUCUCCGUCUCCUUCCCGUCUCCAUUCCGUCUCCUCUCCCAUUUCUCUUCCGUCUCCUUCCCGUCUCCAUUCCGUCUCCUCUCCCUUUUCUCUCCGUCUCCUCCGUCUCCGUUAUCCCGCGUACCAAUCCAAUCGCCAGGCGCCAUAGCCGCCACGUUAGUCGCGCCGCUCGAUGUCGUCAAAACGCGGCUGCAAGUGCAGUCAAUCCCUCGCUCCCGGCCACAACCGGCUGCCGGCAGCUCUACCGGCCAAACAACCGGCAGCCUCACGGCCGCCGCCCAACUCAACCAACACUCCAACCCUACCCCAGCGCAACCCUCUAACCGCGCAAGCGGUAACCUGGGCGUUUCCGCUUCCGCUUCCCCGUCCCCUUCUCCGCACGCGCAAGCUACAGUUCCCCCCUGCAGCUCCGCCAAUCCCGCCUUCCCCUCUACGCACUCGGGGGGGGGCCGCUCCUCCGCCGCAGCUGGGAGCGGGGCGGGCGCAGCAGGGGCGCAUGCGCGCGCGGGUAGGGCGGCGGGCGCGAAGGCGGGGGUGAUUGCGACGACGCUCCGCGCCAUCUGGCGGGAGGAGGGCAUCCGCGGGCUGUACAGGGGACUCUGCCCCUCCGUCGUGGCGCUGCUGCCGAACUGGGCGGUGUACUUUUCAGUAUACGACCAUCUCAAGAAGAUGCUCAGUGCACCCGACUCCCAUUUCCCCGGGAGCAGCAGCAGCAGCGCAGGGAGGGUAUGCACGGAGGAAGGGUGCGCUGGUAGUGCCAGCAGCACACUCGCCAGCACCCCUGGUGUGUACUUUUCAGUGUACGACCAUCUCAAGAAGAUGCUCAGUGCACCCGACAGCGCAGGGAGGGUAUGCACGGGGGAGGGCUGCACUGGUAGUGCCAGCAGCACGGGAGGCAGCACCUCUGGUGUCACGUGCACGGGGGUGGCCUGUACAGGGGACUGCACUGGAGUCCCCUUCCCCUCCUCCUCCUCUGCCCCUCCGCCGCUGCUCACCAGCGUUACGGCAGCAGCGGGUGCCGGUGCUGCCACUGCCAUUCUCACCAACCCCCUCUGGGUCGUGAAAACGCGCCUGCAGACCCAGGGGCUGCGCCCCCAUCGCCUGCCAUACAAGGGCACUGUGUCGGCGCUGGUGCGGAUCUUCAGAGAGGAGGGCGUGGCAGGGCUGUACAGUGGAGUGGUACCAGCGCUGGCAGGAGUGAGCCACGUGGCCAUCCAGUUCCCUCUCUACGAGCACCUCAAGCAGACCAUGGCGGAGAGAGCAACCACCUGCCCCCCCCUUCCCUCCCUUUCUCCGCUUCUCUCCUGCAGUGGGGUGGUGCCAGCACUGGCAGGGGUGAGCCACGUGGCCAUCCAGUUUCCCCUCUACGAGCACCUCAAGCAGACCAUGGCGGAGAGAGCAAACACUAGUGUCGAUAAGCUAUCGCCCAUCGACCUCGCUCUGGCCUCCGCAGUGGUGCGGUCGCGACUGCAGGAGCAAGGCAGAGCAAUCGCAGCAGCGGGAGCAGAUAGCAGUGUGCCCCGCUAUCUUGGUGUCAUUGACUGCAUCCAAAAGGCAGUCGUGCUGUCUCUCCGCCCAUUCAACCCCCAUCCCGCCACCCUCUCCCGCCCCCAUGCUCCCCAUUUUUCCGCACCUCUUUCCAUCCUUUCCCUUUCUCACGGUGGUGAUGUGUUUGGCACGAGAAGGGGUGUAAAAGGCUUGUCUGGAAAAAGCAGUCUUGAAGCUCCUAAACGACUACCAGCCAAUGGCGUCAAGCGUGAUUUGAGGCUGCAAUUCCGCAACAAGUUGGCACUUCCUUUGUUCACUGGAGGGAAGGUGGAGGGCGAAGGGAGUGAGCCAAUCCGAGUGUUUCUCCAGGAUGGAGAUACAGGUUCUGUGGUUACCACAGGACCAGAGGCCAAUCUGAAGCUUGAAGUUGUGGUGCUUGAAGGAGAUUUCAGCAGAGAUGAUGAAGAUGAUUGGCUACCGGGAGAAUUUGACCAGUUUUUGGUGAAAGAGAGAGAUGGAAAGAGGCCACUUUUGACUGGCGAGACGUUUGUGGUGCUGAAAGACGGGCUAGGGGUUAUGGGCGAGAUCACGUUCACAGACAACUCCAGUUGGAUCCGGAGUCGCAAGUUUAGGUUGGGAGUGAGAGUGUCGCCAGGGCAGGUUGGGGAGAGCAGGGUACGAGAAGGGAAGACAGAGGCGUUCACAGUGAAGGAUCACCGUGGAGAAUUGUACAAGAAGCACUACCCGCCUGCGUUGACAGACGAAGUGUGGCGGUUGGAUCGCAUAGGCAAGGAUGGCGCCUUUCACAAGCGCCUGAAUCAGGCUGGAAUUUUCACAGUGGAGGAUUUCCUACGGCUUGUUGUCAUGGACCCACAAAAACUACGAAAUAUUCUUGGUUCAGGCAUGUCAAACAAGAUGUGGGAGAACACGGUGGAGCAUGCAAAGACAUGUGUGCUGAACGGCAAGCUGCAUGUGUACUAUGCGGAUGACAAGCAGAACAUUGGCGUCAUCUUCAACAACAUCUUCCAGCUCAUGGGCCUUAUUGCAGACAGCCAGUACAUGUCUGUGGAUCUUCUUUCUGAGAGUGAAAAGAUUUACGUGGAUAAGCUGGUGAAGGUUGCGUACGAGAACUGGGAAAAUGUUGUGGAGUAUGAUGGGGAGGCUCUUAUAGGGGUCAAGCCAAACGGGCUAACAACUCUUGAUGCCACCACUGAUGACCCUGGUGCAACACAAAGAAGUUACUCCUCCGGCCAGUACACAUGA